AAUUUGUUUCGAAACGAAUUUUGUGUUCUGUAAUUAUUAUUUUGAAACGAAACCGAUAAUUUUAUUUUUUUAAUCAAUUUUGAGGGGUUUUUUAUUCAGAUUUUUAUUUAUUCUUGAAGAUGACCGAUUCUGCAAGCGAAGAUGAAACUGUUCAGCUUAUUGAGCUUAAAGUAAAAACAAUUAAAGAAACAUACCAAUUGAGUGUUCGUGAAAAUACAAACAUUGAAAAGUUGAAAAUACAACUUUCUGAGAAAAUCAAUCAACCGACAGAAAAAAUUUGUUUAAUAUUUUCUGGUAAAAUUCUUAAAGAUCAUGAGACGUUGAAGGAGCACAAAAUCGUUGAUGGAAUGGUUAUUCAUAUGGUUAUUAAAAAUCCUCCAACAACUUCAUCACGCGAGUCUACUCCUUCAUCUGCUUCCUCGACUUUAACAGGGUCACAAACCACUGCAACCGCUGGAGCUCCAGGUUCCGCGCCCGCUUCUGGCCCAUUUGGUGGAAUUGGAGCAAUUUUAAGCAAUCCGAUGGUUCGUGAUAUGAUGAACAGUCCACUUGUUGAAAAUUUUCUGAGCAACCCAAAUAUGACAGAUAUGGUGCGCAAUUUAUUAGCUGACAACCCACAAUUUCAACAAAUAAUCCAGAACAACCCAGACUUGGGCCAUAUUCUCAACGAUCCUCGAAUUAUACAACAAACUCUAGAAAUGGUUCAAAAUCCGAAUAUGUUUAAUGAAUUGAUGCGAAAUCACGACCAGGCCAUCCGUAACAUACAAGGAAUUCCUGGAGGUGAAGCAGCCCUUCAUAGAAUGUAUCAAGAAGUUCAAGAACCUUUGAUGAAUUCUGUUCUUGGUGAUGCUGGUACUGGUCAAUAUGCGGCGAAUAAUACUCAAGCGCAAAAUGGCUCUCAAAAUGUUUCUUCACGAAGUCAACAUGCGGGAGUGGAAAAUGCGGAGGCUUUGCCCAAUCCUUGGUCUCGGGUUGUGAAUCAGCCAUCUCAGCAGAACACUGGAGGAACAGCUGGUGCUGGAGCAGCGGCCGGCGCAGCUGGAUCUCCAUUUGCUAUGAUGAAUACACCUGGUAUGCAAAGUUUAAUGCGUCAAGUACUUUCCAACUCGUCAACGGUUGAAUCCCUGCUUAGUUCAGCAAAUAUGCAGCAAUUUGGGCAAAUGAUUGGAAACCCCGCAAUGGCAGAACAAAUGCGAUCACUUAUGACUAAUGCAAAUCCACAACUUUUCCAAGCAAUGGCAAAUCCUCGAGUUUUCACUGCUAUGACACAAAUGCAUCAAGCUAUGCAAGUGCUUAAUGAGGAAUGCCCUCAACUUUUUUCCUCAAUGUUAGGUGGUGAUAUGUUUCGAAAUUUGGGAGGAAUUCUAGGCUCUGCCAAUCAGCAGAAUCAGCCACCAACAAGUGAAGCAAGCGCUGCAACUGGAGUACAAGGAACAAAUUCAACAACUCCACAAUGUCCUGUUGUUCAGCCUACUGCAAAUGCUACCUCUCAAAAUCCCGCCAUGCCUGCUGGUUUUGCUGAAUUGUUGGGAUCUAUUGCAUUGAUGAAUGUUGGGAAUAUGCAGAAUGCUGGUAAUACUGGAGCCGCCGAUCGCCAACCCCCUGAAGAGCGUUACCGUCCACAACUUGAACAGUUAACAGCAAUGGCACUUCUAGCAAGUUUUGGGGAUAUUAAUAUGGCUAUUGAGCGUUUAUUGGCAGGUGGACUUUCACCAGGAGGGGGUGAUUCUCCUAAUGAUAAUGGGGGGAAUGUUGAAAGAACUGAUUGA